AGCCGAAGCGAAGGGAGCGUCCGCGUAGAUUUAGAGCCGUGCGCGCAUGCACAGAGUUUUUUUCUCUUUCUCUCCCUCUCUCUCUGUUAAUAAACAUAUUUUAUAUGUUUUUUUGUGCCUCCCUCGCAUAACCGCCCGCUUGUUCCGCGUUUGUUCCGUCCGGGUGUGAGAUCGUGUGUAUGUGUACCGUGUGGGGUCGCCCUUCCCUUUCUGGCGCAGGAAGGAACGAAGCUUGAUACCAUUUGGCUCUCUCGCUUCUGUCCACACACCGCGCGACUGAAUUCCUGCUGGUAUGGAAAAACGAUUUCGUCAUUUUCUAUGUGUUACUACACAUUGUUGAUGUCGAAUUUCGAGGCUUAAUUGGGCUCAUUUUCGGGGUUAGUGAGUUUCGUUCACAUUAUUGGCGCGUUAGUACCUAUAUCCACUUUGGAGCGUAUUCGGGCGGUCUUCCCCGGGGUCUUCCGCCGUUAGUUAGUAAAAAAAAUAAGGCAGUGUAACUUCUCAUCUCCUGUUGAGCAGAGGAGAUUGUGGAUUGAGAAGAAAAAAAAAAGAAUACAUAUAUGUAUACGCGGUAUGUAGAGUACAUACUGUUCUACUGAUAGUGAAGCUUGCAAUCCGUGUUUUUGGGUGUGAUUAGCGCAGCGCACAGAUGAUGUCGCAGUUUAGCACGGUCGAUUGAGCAUAGUCUGACAGCAGAACGAAUCCGUUGUACGCCGCACGGACUCUGUCCACUGAUAUUAUCUGGGCUGUGAAGCAUAGAACCUAACCAAGAAACGGCUGAUCGGCUAGGCAACACACAAUAUUCGGGGUGUGCGUGCGAGUAUUUAGUGUGCCAGCCAUAGAGAGCAUAGAUCAUAAAGGGAGUGUGUAACGGCAGAAAGAAAGAGAUGAUGAGUGCGUAAAGCAUAAAACAGAAGAACGGGUGGAAAAGAGUGCUGCCUUCGGUGCGGAUCAAGUUUAUAGAAUGCGACCGUAGCAGCUAGUCAUAGAGACAAUGUUGUAUAGCUUCCAACUGUUUCCAGCGAGUGGAAUUUUUUUCUUCUUCUAAAUUACUGACAAUGGCCAGAUAUUUGUAAGUGCAGUUUGAAUAGUGAAACCUAGCAGUGAUCACGAUAAUUGGCUGAUUCAUUCGGUUCGGAUAAGUGAGAGCGACGUCGUUGUAGUCAUCGGUUGCGUUGAAUCGUGUCGAUCAUUUUAUCGUCAAUAUAUAUACAUAUGUAGUAUCGUCAUGUCUGUCUCCGGGGUGGAUAAUUGGUAGAGUAAGCAAUGCAGGUGGUGUCGAUGAUUACAAGUAAUCGUCCAUCGAAUUUCAAUUGCAUACUUGAACUUGUUGUUGCCGACACAACUCCGAUGCCAGUUUUUCUAACAGGCUCUAGCUGCUAAGAGCUACUCAACAACACGAACGUGAGACGCGUUUCACAGAGAGUAAAUAUUAGAUCUUGUAUGUGCUGUCAAAGGAGUUCGAGAUUGUUAUUGAAUGACGUCACGCUGCGAGACUUCUGCUGUUGCUGUUGCUGCAUUCCCAACCGGAACAAAAUCCCCUCACUCAAGCGGACGAUUGUUCUGCUUCACUCGAGUGAGUAAGAACCACAGAACGGUGUAGUAGAACGAACGAGCUCUCAGCUAGAACCGAAAAUUAUGAGGCAAAAACACACGCCGAUAAGCAACAACGUAGAUGAGUUCAAAAAAUGUUGCCAAUAUGUUACCGCAGUGUUAUUCGAUCGAAAGUAACAAAUUGAUAGACGCGGAUGUUGCAAAUACUAAUGCCACCGCCACAACCAACACUGCAAUCGCUACUAGCAACGCUAUUAGUACUACAACAACGGCGGCGAUCACGACCAGUACCACCACCAAUUGCGAUCAUACGGCAACGAUGUGCAAAAUACCAUCGACAACGACGACGACGGCCGCUUCUGAUGGUGAACUCGAGUUGAUGAUGGCAUCUGCUGGCAGUGUCAUUUCAGCUGCUACCACCAAUAAUAACAAUAAUAACAACAACAACAACAAUAACAACGACAGCAAAAACAGUAGCAGCAACGAGUUGGACAUGUUCAAUAGCAAGGAUCCUUAUGCCGAGCUCGAGAGAUAUCUGGAAAAGGUCAAGGCUGAAAUCUCCGAGGUGUUUGCCCAGCUAGAAUCGGAAAGCGCUCAGCGGGAACGGAAACAGUCGUCGCCACCGCCGGUUGUUGGGUCACUCGAACCACCGGACCGGACACUUAAGGGUGGCGGCGGCGGUAGCAAUGGAAUCCGGGACAGAAAUUACAACACCAAAGCCCCCGUUUGUCAGAAUGCAGUUUGCGUUCGUGACACCGUCGACGGCAGAGGCGCGGGGAAAACGGAACGGCUACUGCAGCGGAUUGUGGCCGCACUGCCGAAAGAACCCCAGGCUGUCUCAACGCAACAUCAUCAUCCCGGCUUGCGGCUAGAGCGUAACAAUGGUGCUUUUGAAUCGACUCGGUACUGCGAUGAUCCCACGUUCAUCAUCAACGCUGCUAGCAACGCGCAUCAUCAUCAUCAUCAUGAUGAGCCGCCGCACUUGGUGUUGAAAAUUGAUGAAGAUCAAGAUCAUGAUAAGCUAGAAAAACGUUCUCAGCGAUUCAAUAACUCAAACAACAACCGCCUUCUCACUGUUGGUGCUAAUACUGACAAUAGUCACUCUUCGGACUAUGAAAACAAUACUUGCAGCAGCAGUCGCGAGUUGCAGGACAGCUUAUCCGAUGAUAUGAGUCUGCUGGAGGAGCUUAGCGUUUACGAUAGUCACGAAAAUGACGAGGACGGUUCGGACAGUAAGGAAAUGGACCUAUCCCCAAGACAAUUCCAGCAGCAGCAGCCGCAGAAUCCCAUUCCCAGACAUCAUCAUCACCUGCUGCAGCAACAGUCAACAGACAAGCUGAAAACCAGUACAAAUAGUCUACCCUCCACUAGCCGCAAUUUUAGUCUACACCAUAAAUUUAGGAAUCACCAGAACGUAAUCGAUGCCAAAAGACGACAGUUUUUCCUGCCCCUGGAGCAGGAACCGUUCCAGCCAGUCAAAUCGAACAUCACCGAGCUGCCGUCCCCGAGCAGCACCUCACUGCACAGCGGCUACAGUCAUCUGAUCCUGGAGGACCUCGGCACCAAGUCCAGCUCGGCGCCACUGCUGAUGAAGAACGUGGAAGCCGAACUUGGCGAACGAAGGAAUUUGCGAUAUUCGCGAUCGCAAAGCGAUCGACAUCUGGCAGAAAUUGAAGCCAUUGAGGCAUGUCGAUGGCUUCGGGCUGCCGGCUUCCCGCAAUAUGCUCAGAUGUAUGAAGAUCACCAGUUCCCGAUCGAGAUCAAUGACGUGGCCAAGGAUCACCCGUUUCUGGAGAACGAUCCGCUGCAGUCGCUGUACCGCCGGCUGCAAACCUUGAACCGAUGCGCCAACAUGCACAUCGACACCCACCAGCAUUCGCAUCCGCCGAAACCGAGUGAAGAUUCGGACGACGAUAGUUGUGCCCUGUCGGAGGCGUGGACCUUCGCGCACAACAGCCGACGGUGGUCACGGGUUGAGGAUGCAGCCGGUUUGGUUAGUGUUAUCAAGCAAAAGCAUAGCAAUAAUAAGAGUGACGUCAGUACGGUCAAUGAAACGGAUUCCGCCGAGGAUUCGUCUAAGAGUGGCUCCAAAACGACCACGGACGAUAAAGAAAGCUGGGGUGAGGAUGGUUUGACGUUGAAUUUAUUAUCUGAUAGUGAUCAACAGGAUGGAUCGGUUCGACUUCGAAGAACCGGCAGUGAACGUCUCAAGGAUGGAGCAAAAGCAUUGUUGCGGCGAGUGGAAUCGAUCAAGUCACGUAGACGCAAGCGUCAGAACCGCGACGGGUUGAUUAUCUGCGGACCCCACUCUUCAAGCCUCUCCCCGGCUCAUCACGCUUUGGACGAUUUGAAGCACAUCGACGUGAUAUCUUUGUCCAACCCGUCCUCUCCCCGAUCCUCCACGCCCCACGGCAAUCAUCGAAGAGACAACAACACUCUUGGAACCAAUGAGAUCGUAUCGAACCUUUUGUCCCCGUACACACUCAGUCCGUUCGGUCAUAUGGUAGAAGAUAAGCAGAAGGAACCCAAACGUAGCCCAAAUAGAUCUAGUCCGUUACACUUUUUCAUUCAACUGCAGGAAGCAAAAUCGGGCGACGAUUCGUCAUCGAUUUGUAGCGAAGAUAGUCAAGAUUUGAACACCGGUUAUUUUGCCGGGAGAAUUGUAAAAACGCCGAGCAAGAAAUAUCCAAAAGCUAAGAAACUGCUUCGACAUAAGGUCACAGCCGAUGAUUCGGGAGCCCUCUCGGAUUCGGAGUAUCAAUCGAAGCUGAGGAGGUCAAAAGUGACCAGCGAUUUGAAGGAAACCACCAACAGUAACACUCUGCAGGUUUCCAAACUGAACCGGGGAGGAUCGCUUAAUUUGGGCAAGGGUAGCAAACGGUACCGCGAUGCAUUUCAUAACCGGUCCAUGAGGGUUACUAAAACUCAUGAAGAAAAGGCUGCCGGAGAGGAACGAAAGCGUCCGACCGUUGCUCGUUGGCAUAGUUUUCAGCAGCCGAAAAAUUCCGACGGUCGCCGAAUUAGUGUCGUAAACAUCACAGAUAAUUCCAAGGAAAAGACCAACUAUUCCCGAGGCACCAGCAUCUGCGAGAUGUCCUGCGGUCAGCUGCUGGUGGUACGGAAGCUUGCUCUAGUCACACUUACGGGAUACAUGGAACGCUACUGUCCCACGCACCGGUCCGGCUGGAACUGGGACUUGCCGAAGUUCAUCAAGCGCAUCAAAACGCCAGACUAUAAGGAUAGGCGUAUCUUUGGUGUUCCGCUGGUGCUUAAUCUGCAGCGCUAUGGUAAUACAUUGCCGGAGAUAAUUCAGAUGGCGUUGAGUUGGCUCGAGGUGAAUGCCUUGGAUCAGGUGGGACUGUUCCGGAAGCCAGGCGUAAAGUCGAGAAUCGCUAAGUUGAAGACGACUCUUGAAGGUGGUAAUAAUGCGUUCAAUCGGAUGGCCGUUUUCGACGAUUACCACGCGUACGAUGUGGCCGAUAUGCUGAAACAGUACUUUCGUGAGCUGCCCGAUCCGCUGCUGACGGCGAAACUGUCCGAGACGUUUGUGGCAAUAUUUCAGUACCUUCCGGAGGAAGUCCGCAUGGAGGCCGUUCAGUCGUCGAUUCUGCUGCUACCGGAUGAGCAUCGGGAAGUGCUGUACGCCUUGCUGGAUUUCCUGAGCAAGGUUGUGGCAAGUGCCAGCCAAAAUCAGAUGACCGCGAACAAUUUGUCCGUCUGUUUGGCACCGUCGCUGUUUUACUCGAUUUCCGGCAAUAGAUCUUCGACGGCUUCACCACGAAGGAAGAAAGGCGCCAUCGGCCAACCGGAUGAGAAGGAGCUGUCGGAAACCCGCGCCUCACACGAUUGUUUAUGUUUCCUGAUUCAGCAUUACCGCACCUUGUGGACCAUUUCCAGCGAUCGGAUGAGAAAGUGCAGCUUUAACUAUAUGGAAGAGUCAAAACCAGUGCCACUGGAAUCGCUCGGAGCGGAGCUUCAUGUGCAAAAUUGGCGAGGAUAUCUGACCGAGUGUAUCAAAGAAUGUGUGCGAGAGGGAAAAGAAAGGCCACGGGGUUGGGUUUCGCUAAACUCGUCCGAUCCCAGCGUAAGUGUACAUUUCAAGAAGGUUGGCGAUGGUCAUCCACUGCGACUUUGGAAGACUGUGACCGAAGUUGAGGCACCUCCCACUGAAGUGAUCAACCAUAUUCUAAAUGAGCGACAUCUUUGGGACGACCACCUGCUGAAGGCGAAAAUCGUCGAGCGGUUGGAUGACGACACGGAUGUUUACCAGUACGUGUGUGGCCAACCCGUUACGGAUUAUUGUGUUCUUAGACAGUGGAACAAGCAGCAGUCACGAGGUGCCUGCGUCAUCGUGGAGGUUUCUAUAAGUCAUAAUGGUGCUCAACCGCUGUUGGAUGGAGUUCGCGGUGUCGUUCUGGCAUCCCGCUAUCUAAUCGAACCCUGCGGUAGUGGCAAGUGCAAAUUGAUGCACCUUUCCCGUGUGGACAUGAAAGGGCGCACACCGGAUUGGUACAACAAAAACUACGGUCACAUCUGUCAGCAAUAUCUUUCCAGAAUCAAAAAGUUUUUCGAACAUAAUACCGAGGGACCUGAAAGUAAAGUAUAGAGACAAAGAUUUCCUAACAAACAAACAAACCAACAAUAGCUGCUGCUGCAAAACAAAACAAAAGCGAACCGAAACCGAGAGAGCUCAACGAGUCUCACCGCAAGUUUCCAAACAUUCCAAAAUUUUCAUUACCAAGUGCCUAAGCCAUGAUAUUUUCUUAGACGCGAGAAUCACCAAUCAUGCGAGAGGGGAAAUUUAUGAAACAAAACUAAAACUAGUCCAAGCAAAUAAACUUAACCAAUUUCACGCGCAACACUUGUAACAUGAAUCACGUUUUUUUUUCUUUAUUAUUUUAUAGUUAUACAUAAUUGUUAAAGUUUACACCAUAUCAAAAAAAAAAGAAGCAAAUCAAAUCAAAUAGAGGAAUAGUAAAAGCAAAUCGAUGGAACAAAGCAAAAUAAUCUCAGUACCGUUAUUCUUAUGGGACCAAUGUCAAUAAAUAAUCUCCAGAGGUCUUCGUUGUAUAUGGUCAGCCAGUACCAAUAAAUGUUCAAUUACCCUCCAGAAUGUUUGUUGUAUUAACUGCAACUAUAAGCCGAAGGAAAAAAGCAAAAAAAAAAAAACUGUUACUGAUGAAUGGGUUUAUUUGCAAAAUAAAAACCAAGACAAUUGUAAGAUUUCCAGAAGA